UCUCUUCAGCCUAAUGCAUCCCUUGGACGAGGUGGCACCUGUCGUUACCAAAGGUGGUCACGGCAUCAGCAUGGCAGGGAAAAUACAAUUCAUGGCCGACCAGAGCCAACAGAUCGUAUUUACGAGCGAGUCGCCGUCACUUGUCAUGAUGUUUGAUGGCAACCUGGGUGUUCAUUCUGUGUGGAGUCUAAGGAAAGCAAAACCUGAGGAGGCAUUCUUCACUUCUGUAGCGAUCAGUGACACGAUGACCAUGAGUGCCCUGCCCUCACACUCACAGACCCCAGGCCAGGGAAGAAGCAGUUAUUUCUCUGCCAACGCCAGCAGCCACUCUAAGCUGACCCUCUCCAGUCAGUCCCCCAGUAUGUCGCCACUCAGGAGCUACAACAGUAGACUCAACUCCCCCAUGCAGUCAAGACUUUCUCUAAGUCCCGGAAUCUCGCAUCUGGCCAUCAGUCGGACGCAGUCCCCCAGUUUAAGUAUGAGCACAUCUGGUGUGUUACGGUACCAGACCCCACCUCAUCUCCCGCAGUCCCCAAUGGACAUGCCGAACAUCAUCCCGGGGACCCCAGUCUCCACGAAUGUCUCCAUGAUGAACGAUAGUGUGUCCGAGUGCGGGGAACCCCUCACACCUGACAUCUGUAUGGAGCAUAUCUGGACGGAGCAGGCAACUGGACGGGAUAGGUCACUGGGUAAAGCCAAGAAAGCCUUCAUCACCACAGAUUUCUGUGGCCAGAUGUUUCUGUGUUACUUGGUGCCAUAUGGACAGCAACUCAGAUGUAUUAAAAUAGAAGAGAGCAACGACAAAAGUCAGUUGAUAUUUGGUAGUGUGACCACCAUACCUGCUGUGGAUGCACUGCCUUUAGAGAGCCUCGACGCCAUUCUUAUCCUGGACACCUCAAACACUCUGUUUCUCUACAGUGGUACCAAAAAGGUUAAUACGAUCCAUGUGCAGGGCGUACCACCACCAUCUUUACCAGUUACGCCACGCAUGACCGGCAAGCCCAGCUUAUCGUUUGGGUUGAGCCCACAUCCUCAGGGGUACAUGACCUCCAGCCGACCGCCCAGUGCGAUGGAAGUGCGCUUUGAAGAUGAGGUUACGAUGUUAUCGCCAGUCCCCACAGAGAUGAGCGAUGCAUCCCAUCUGUGUGUCAGCUCACUCUCGGAAGACUUCCCAUUCCCGCGAUAUCCUGUACAGGGGAUCAGAGAUGCUGUAGACAACAGAUUUUCCGUGGAGUUAUCCAAUGGAUCGCUGUGGAGGACGUCCUUACCUGUCAUGACCUCGUCCCCACACAUCAAACUCUGCCUCGAAGCCGUCAAGCACGUCCUCCCCAAAGACACCGCCCUACAGGUCUUCAUCAAGUGGUACUCCACCCAGAAUUCUCCCGGCGGCGUCACCAACCAAUCAGAAUGGAACAAGUUCGUCAAAUGUUUGCUCGGCAUGAUGGGAUACGAUACAGAGAAAUUGGCGAUCAUGCAACAGUUGCAGGAUUUGGAUUUGUCGCGAUCCGCCGGUGUGGUCGCGAAGAAAGCGCGACCAUCUGAUGAAGGGUCGAGCGAGGACUGGAGUUACCUGAUCAACUCUGACCACCAUCGUUACAUGACAGCCUCCCAUGGCACAGUUCUUGGCCUCGACCCAGUUGGGGCGUCGUCCUCUGGCAAGAAAGAGGAGACGCGAUCCUUUGUCGAUUCCACGGCCAUACUCUUCCCUCACGCCCCCGUUGUCUUCUUUGCUGUCCACUUGGUCUAUGAGGAAUUGAAGCUAAACUCUUUAUACCACGAAGAGCUGAAGUCAUUAUCUUUGCUGCUGUUCCAAUUGGCACGGGAUCUCAAGUUACAAGAGUACGUCAAGAUGUACUGCAGAGAAUAUGCAGAACUGUCGCAGUUGAUGGACGAAGCUAGUCAGAUUAGAGAAGAUCAGCUAAAAUUGCUCUCUUUCCCGUCGUUCAUUAACAAGGACCCUCCCAACAUCUGCAAGUGGCUGUAUAACUACAUGAAGGGCUUCAAUGUGGAACCCUUUCCUUACCUACCUGCUGUCAGCACGAGGACCAAGAGCACAAUAUCAAUAUAUGUGGCGUUCUUCUACAAUGAAAGGAGCCCUGAUGUCUCAUGGGGUCGAUUUCUGAAGAAAGUGACGCGUAUGGGACGUCGGUCAGAGCAUGAGGAGUCCUUCCUGUCCAAGAGCUACGCACCAAACAGCGCUUUAUCUUGUCAUGAGAGAAUGGUCCUCUUCAUGACUGAAUCAGGCUUUACGCUGAAGGAUCUUGAGUACCUACCAUUUGGGGUAGCCUUACCGCUGCGGGAGGCAAAGUUCCAGUGUCGAGUAAACCCGCCUGCCGAUUGGCCGGAGCAAGCCUAUGUACUAGUUGGUCGCCAAGAUCUGUCCAAACAAGUUGGCAACAAGGUGAAGAUGAUGAAGCAGUCGACAGUGGCAAGUCGUGACACGUCUUGGCAGUUCAAAGCAACCAAGGAGGAGGAUGAUGGGAUGGAUUGUCUCGACGAGAGGUUGUUGAGGUUGAGAUUCAGCGAAGAUCUGCGAGUCCAGGAGGUCCGUCAUCUGCUGCAGUCGUCCAAACCUGUCCGAAUAUCCAUUACUCAAAGACCAGAAGUCAGUGACCAUGACUUCAUUGAAGAACAAGAAACGCAGCUUUAUGCAUUUUGUAUCAGGACGAUGGCUCUUCCUCUUGGACGGGGUAUGUUCACGUUGUGUACUUACCAUCCAGUAGCGACGGAGACCUUGCCAAUACCCAAGCUCUGUCUUGUUGGGAGAGCUCCACCAAGAAACAAUACCAUAGACCUCAGCCACAUCGGUACACCUCCGAACAUGGGCGCCUGGCCGCAGUUUCAUAACGGUGUAGCAGCGGGCCUAAGGAUCGCCAACUCGUCACAAAUCGACUCCACGUGGAUCAUGUACAACAAGCCAAAGAGUAACGAACUGACCAAUGAACACGCUGGAUUCUUGAUGGCGCUGGGUCUCAAUGGCCACCUCUGUAAACUGGACACACUCAAUGUCCAUGAUUAUCUCAGUAAGGGACAUGAGAUGACCAGUGUCGGACUACUCUUAGGCAUAGCGGCAGCCAAGCGAGGCAGCAUGGAUGUCUCAACCACGCGUCUGCUGAGCAUUCAUCUGGACGCCCUUCUGCCUCCGACGUCCACCGAAUUGGACAUCAAUCAUGUUGUCCAGGUGGCUGCCAUACUGGGAGUGGGCAUCGUCUACCAGGGGACCGCUCAUCGACACAUGGCUGAGGUCCUCUUGUCGGAGAUAGGUCGCCCUCCUGGACCGGAGAUGGAAAACUGCACUGAUAGAGAAUCGUACUCCCUCGCUGCUGGUCUGGCUCUUGGCUUGGUUAUGUUAGGGAGGGGCAGUCAGGCGAUGGGCCUAUCCGACCUGAACAUGGCCGACCAGCUCUACAACUACAUGGUCGGCGGUCACAAGCGACCGCUGAAUGGUACGAACAAGGAGCGCUUCAAGUCGCCCAGCUAUCAGAUUAAAGAGGGCGACACCGUCAAUGUGGAUGUGACAGCACCUGGGGCCACGCUCGCUCUUGGGAUGAUGUUCUUCAAGACGAAUAAUAAAGCUGUAGCUGAUUGGCUGACUGCCUGUGAUACUCAGUUUCUAUUGGACUUUGUGCGGCCAGAUUUCUUAAUGUUGCGGAUAAUUGCACGUGGCCUGGUGCUAUGGGACUGUAUAUCGCCAACUGUCGAAUGGGUCGAGGCAAAUGUACCACCAAUUGUUGCCCAGUAUGGUUUGAAUAAGGGUGCCGAGCGAGAUGACGAGAGUGACAUCGACUACGAGACGAUGAGUCAGGCGUAUCUCAACAUCGUCGCAGGUGGCUGCAUGGCUAUUGGACUGAGGUUUGCUGGCUCGGCCAACAGGAUGGCUUACUCGUGUCUGUUGGAAUAUUCAAAGAAGUUCAUCAAGCAUUUGACGUUGCCAGCCAUGGUGGAACAAGCUGGGAAGAGUGCUAUCGAGAACUGUAUGGUCGUGGUGGUGCUAGCAUUAGCCAUGGUGAUGGCAGGAACAGGUGACCUUGAAGUCCUGCGUAUCUGCCGGUACCUGAGAUCCCGCGUGGGGCCUUCCUACAACUAUGUGCUAUACGGCUCAUACAUGGCCAUCAGCCAGGCUAUUGGUUUACUCUAUCUUGGUGGAGGAAGGUACACCCUGAGUACGAAACCCGAGGCUGUGGCAGCCAUGUUGUGCGCGUUCUUCCCCAAGUUCCCCACGCACAGCAACGACAACCGCUACCACCUGCAGGCAUUCCGCCAUCUCUACGUCUUGGCAGCCGAGCCGAGGAUUCUGCUACCUAAAGAUGUGGACGCGGGGACAUUCUGUUACGUGCCACUGGAGGUGAAAUUCAGGGAUACCGAUUCGUUUGCGGGCAAGAAGUUCUCAUGUGUGGCUCCUUGCGUUCUGCCCGAGUUGGACCUUCUCGAAGAGGUACGGGUGCUUGGAGAUCGAUAUCUUCCCAUAACGUUCAAUAUUGGAAAGAACUGGAAUAACUUAAGGAACAUUCUGCAGACGUCUGGAAUGCUACACGUGAAGCAGCGAGCAGGUCACCUUUCUUAUGUGGAGGACCCCAAGGGCUACAGGAGUCUAUUGGCCAAGUCAUUGACCAACGACCAGUCCGGCCGUCGCAAUGUCAAGCAGGAGGUCAUCAAGUCGUUCUCGUCUGAUCCGAGGGUGUUGGCUUUUGCUGAAGCGUUCUGCGAUCAGGAGAAUGAUAAGGAGUAUGAUGUAAUGCAGCUGUUGUCUCUGAUACUCCAUGAGUGCGUCACUCAAGAGAAGCCGGAGAUCUUGUGUCCUCAUAUCGCAAUGGAUCAAGUAUCUCGAACGUUCCAGAAGAAAGCUCGGAUGAUCGACAUCUGGCAGGUGAAGUUGAUCAUGGCUUACUACAACAGCCCAAUGGUCAAGCCGACGCUGGGCAACUCUGCCCUCAUACAUCCCGAGUUCUUGUCACACAUCAAGAAUAGAGUUGAGUUUCAGUUGGAUAAGUGGCUGAAAGACUCUGAAGAGACAAUCUGUGCAUACCUCCUCAGUAACAGUGUCGCUAGUGACCCCCUCCUGGCCACUUUCCUAACGUGGCAUGAUAUCCCACCAGUGACGAAGCUAACACCACUACUAAAUACUGAGGCUGGUGUACCUCCCUUCCCUCUGCUGUACACACAACUUCAACCAUAUGGGUUGUCAGUCGGUGCUGUGAUGAAACUACACAAGAUCAUGUCUCAGAGACGCUGAAUUGGGCCAAGUGUCUAUCUUCAUUGAGGACAAGUUUCAGCGUUAUGGGUUGUCAGUCGGUGCUGUAAUGAAACUACACAAGAUCAUGUCUCAGAGACACUGAAUUGGGCCAAGUGUCUAUCUUCAUUGAGGACGAGUUUCACCCUUAUGGGUUGUCAGUCGGUGCUGUGA